UUCUGAUUUUUGUGUGUUUCAAAUAGGUUCUCUUUAGUUCUGAUUUUUGUAUUUUUAUUUAUUCUGAUUUUUGUAAUAUCUUUGAUUUUAUUUGGUGUUUCUGGUUUCUGUAUUUUUGUUUCUGAUUGUUGUAUUUUUUUCAAUAUCUUUGAUAUUCUGAUUUUUAUUUUUUGGUUAUUAUGAUUUUGUGUUUUCCUCUCGUGAUGUUCUGAUUUCUUGUAUUUUAUUUAUUCAGAUUUUGUAUUUUAUUUGUUCUGAUUUGUAUUUUCCCUUUUAUUAAAUUUAAUUCUGAUUUUUAUUCUUUAUUACUAUUUUAUUCAGAAUUUAUUCUUAUUUUAUGUCUUUCAAUUAAUUGUGUUUUCCUUUUAUGUAUUUUCUCAUUUUAUAUUAAAAUUAAAAUACAUUUUUCUAAAUUUGUAUUUUUUCUCUUUUAAUUUUCAGAAUUAAUAAAUUAAGCAACCUUAUGAUUUUUAAUUUCAACAAUAUUCCCACCAUUAAAAUUGAGGCAAUUAUUUGUGGUUGUCUCUGCUGCUCUUGUCCUUGUCCUUGAUUAAUCAGAAUUUUAUCAUUAAAAAAGACAAGAUGCACUUUCCAUUUUAUGAUUCAAGCGAUCUUUGUGAAAUUAGUUCAAACGAGAAAAUUGAAGUAAAAGAUGAUGAGCAAAAAUCAAAUUCUGUUAAUUUUGAUGUGGAAAUUGAUACUGAUACGGUUAUUGUAGGAAAUGGCCCAGCAGGAAUUUCCCUUUCUGCAAUGCUUGCAGGAUGGCAUCCAUUCUAUAACAAUUCCAACCCCCACCCAAAUCCUCAAAUUCACGCACAAUUUACUUCAACUGAAAAUCAAUCUCUUCUUUUUCAAGAUUUAACUUCCGCCGCCACCCUUUUAACUUCUUCAGAACACUCAACUUCCAAUUUAACCCCUUUUGGUUGUCUUUAUGAUUCCCUCGUUCGGCCCUCAUUUUUUAAUGAUUUACAAACUGAAAAUGAAAAUAAUUUAAAUAAAUCUUCAAUUUUGUGGAGACAAAUUCCAAAUAAUUCUGUUCCGCAUAUUGUAUUGGGGGAUACACAAAUUGGUGGGUCUUGGACUGGAUUUGAAGAUGAGAUAAAAGCUGUAAGUAUAAGCAAUUGGAUGGAUUUGCCGGGGUAUUCACUUGCUGAAGACUUUUUAGGGGAUCCAAGUUUAAAUAAUCAACGCCCAACAGCCAAAACAUUCCGAAAUUAUUUAACUGCUUAUUGCAAUGUUAUGGGUAUUUUGAAGAAUUUUAGGCCGAAUACAAAAGUUUUACAGAUUAAGAAAUUAUACAAUAAAAUUACUGGUAGUUAUUGGAAAGUGAAUGGUGUUGAUACACUUACAAAUAAAAUUUUUAUUAUUCGAUGUAGAAAUGUGGUUUUAGCUUGUGGAAAGAAUAAACAGAGAAGGCUGGAGGUAUUUAAGAAUUAUUUUUAUUUUAAAUUCAAGGGAAAUUCUGAAGGGGGCAUUGGGGCACUCUUGGUCCCGGGUGAGGAUCCCCUUGUUCUCCGUACCAGCAGCUCGAAUUCCCCUCAAUCUCCGUUCUCCUUAUAA